AUGUUAGCAGUAAACAUAAGACCCAACUUCCACUUUUUCGCGCGGUCUCAGCCACUGUGCCAGCAGCAAUGUCUGCGUCGGAGUAGUCUAUUGAACUUAAGGCGCUCUAGACGGUAUCUCAACGGCAGCGCCGGACCGCAGGUCUCAAGUUCACUCCUUGCAGCUGAUGAUGAUCCUGUCCCUAGUGGGGAAGGCGGCCAAAAAACAGCAUCUGCACAAUGGAAAGGUACUUUAUUCAAAAUGUUCGAAAGUGCUGCAACAACCUUUGCUACUUUGUUAAUACUGGGGCUUGCCGGCUAUAGCUAUCAUAAGUAUUACAAGUUCCUUGUCUUACAAAAGAUCGAAAAGGCAUUUGAACCAGGAGAUCCGGUGCUCGACCUGGCUGCUCUUGAUUCAGGCGUUUCAGAUACCACAUUAGAUGACAAUGCAAGUACUCGCUGGUUACGACAAGCCGAGCAAGAUAGGAUAGAUAAAGUCAUUAGAGGUGGGGACAGAGGCCAUUACCAUCUGCUCAUUGGGGAAAAGGGAACUGGCAAAUCUUCGAUGUUAUUGAAGGCGAUCCAGAAAGUCAAAGGAGAAGGCAUAGCAAUGCUGGAAGCUCACGCAGAUCUCGAGAUAUUCCGCAUACGAUUGGGCAAAGCGUUGGACUACGAAUUUCACGAAGAUUACAUUGGUAGCCUCUUCUCCAUAAGAGGCCCGAGAGAAGGCGCUACCGCGCUCUUGGAUAUCGAACGUGCUUUCAACAAGCUUGAGAAGGUUGCCGCAAAGAGACGCAAAACAUUGGGAAAGCCACUCGUGCUCGUCAUCAAUAGCACGCAUCUGCUUCGCGAUGACCAUGAUGGGCAAGACUUACUUGAGCUCAUACAACAACGCGCUGAACAGUGGGCAGCAAGCGGUCUAGCCACUAUUGUCCUAAACAGUGAUGAUUAUUGGGUUUAUGAACGCCUCAAACAAUACUCUACAAGGAUGGAGGUGCUCCCUGUCCUUGAUCUCGAUAAGAAGCAGGCGAUAGGCGCACUAAAACAGUACCGCAGCCGCUUCUAUGAACAAGAACCCCCACCUGACAUCUUGGAGCAAGUUUAUGAUAUGGUCGGCGGUCGUUUGACUUUUCUUGCUCGUGUUGCUAAAUCUGUGAACAUGCUCCAAGAAUGCAAAGACAUUUAUGAUAUGGAGAAGACAUGGUUUUUGAACAACAAUUGGAUUCUAGGGUCUGGCAUGGACGACGAUGUGAUGGAUCAGCAGAAAUAUGCAUCAGCGGCCAUGGUCCUGGCCAAAGCCCUUGUUAACGAAGAGAAAGAAUUAGAAAGGACCUACGAUCCAGAAAAGGGACACAUUCUACCCCAGCUUCCGCUUCAUAAAGCAAGGGAGAUUAUGACUCGUUCUGACUUUAUCAAAGAUUACGAUCAUAACAACAUCUUCACUAUAGACGCACAAGCAAUGGUUCGUGCUGAUUCUGUGCCUAUGCAAAAUGCUUUCAGGGAGAUAUGCGGCCAUCCAGGCUUCGAGAAGCAUCUAGACGCAACCUUGAAUCGUAUUGCUGCUAUCGAAAGUUUGGGACGCACGCGAGAACUUGUUGCCAAAGAUCUUGUAUCAGGCCACUAUCAGAUCAAAGGCAAGUCUGACAAAGGAAACGGUAUAUCUGUGGGCAUGCAGCAAACCGAGCCCUUUGAGGAUCAUUGA